AUGUGCUUUUACGACCAAUACCGGUUCGCGUGUGGCGACUGGAAGUGGGGACAUUUCCAGCAACAAUGCAGAAAAAGAUCCGGUCCUGGGGAAACGUGUGGCAUGAAACUGAUCAUGCAGAUCUUGCCUACUGGUAGAAAUUGCAAACUGUGUGAAAAGAUUGCUACAAAGAUGCGACGUCGAGCCGCCGAAGUCGACAGAAUAGACCGAUGGCAAAUGGAAGGACACAAGUUUCGAGCUUCUAUCAACAAGUCGAUGGAAAUGAUAAGAGGUCUGGAUUCAGAGAUCUAUGAGCUUAGUUGUGAGCGUAACCGUAGACUUCAUCCAAUU